GCUGUAUCGGCUCAGGUAUUGGCAUCGGCACACACAGUGCGCUGCUCUCCGCGCGGCGCCCAGGAACAGGAACGCGCUCUUCCGCUCCCCAUGGGGCCGCUCGGCGAUCCCUCCGCGGUGCAGCGCCGAUGCAGGUGGCCACCCCGGCGCCCGCGGGGCCCGGCGGCGCGGCGGGCGGCGCCACCGUGCUCGGCAGCCCCUCCGCGGCCGCGGACCUGGAGCUGGGCCCGCGGGCCGCGGCCGGCCCCGCGGGCGCCGCGGCCUCGCCCGGCCUCGGCUUCUGCCGGCGGCGCGCGCCGCGCGCGGGCUCCUCGAGGGCCUACGAGGGGCUGCUGGCGACUGGCAGGGCGGCGGCGGCGUCGGGCAAGGGCCUGCGGGGGAUGGCGUUCUGGAGCCGGGCGAGGGCGAAGAGCGGGGCGGACGUGUUCGUGCUCGCCCCCCCCGAGGAGGCGGCGGUGGACAUUUGGAGCCUGCUGGCCUUCUGCGCCGGCGAGAUGCACGAGAGGGUCGUGGAGCAGGACCGCCCCUACGUCGUCGUCUGGCUGCAGGUGGCCGACCACAAGGUGUGGCCGUACUCCGCGUGGCGCUUCCUCAGCAGCCUGCACAAGAAGUACGGGGAGCUGCUCGAGUCUCUCCACGUCGUCCACCCGUCCGACACGCUCCGCACGAUGUCGUUCGCGCUCUGGCCCGUGGUCUCUGAGAGCGUCUGGGACUGGCUGCUGCUGCACGAGCGCGUCGACUUCCUGUCGGAGCACCUUGACGUCGGCCAGCUUGAGCUGCCAGAGGAGGUGACCACCUUCGACGCCUUCCUCGACCGCGUGGACGAUCUGCACGGGCAGGCGGCCGUGGCGCGCAUGGCGGGCUACUGACGACCCGGGCCCCCGCCCACGGUGCCGCGUGGGGCGCCCCGGCGUGCGUCCCGCGGGGGGCGCGAGGAGCGCCGUGCCCCUCCCUGCUCGUGCCGAGUGGCGGCGACCCCGCCGCCGUCGAGGCGCUGGAGGAAGGAACCGCCUGGGUUCGGAAGGGGCUCGAUGUUCCCCGGGCCCAUCCUUUGUUGUCCCUCUGGCGCCCCCUCGUGCACGCAGGCGCUUGUGGGGCCAGGCAGUGGCGCCGCUCCUCCUUCAACGCCCCUGCUGGUGCAGCACCCCGACAUGCAGGGACCCGGGAGCGGGGCCCCCGGACCGCCCCGCGGUCGUGCAAGACUCCCGGCGGGGGGGGUUCUGGUGGGUCAGUGACCAGAGCGGGGAGAGGGCGUAGGAGGAGUGGCCCUCUGGCCGUCGGGGCCCGCCUCCGCGGCAAGGGAGGGGCGAGCGCGCGCCGAGCGCGAGCGCAGACCGGAGUGCAGGCAGCAUCCCUAUAUGCUCCUCCUCCUCCUCCUGAUGGGGGGACUACUUACUUCCUCUCCUCCGCUCUUCCCCUCUGUCAGCUUUUCACCACUGCAGUGGUAACGGCGGGCCUGUGCUUGCCGAUAGGUACGCGUUUUUUCUUCUGGAGUUGCCUGUGGGCCCUGCGAGCUCGCUCCGUGCUGGCUCAAGGAAUUUGGGUACCAGAUUCCGGAGACGCCACUCCCAGAUCUCCGAAGAUACAUUUUCCCAUCGCAUUGAAGAGCGAUGGUCGAUUCUUCUUGCCACUUUGACUUCGACAUCCAGGCAUGCGCGCAUGGCGUUGCUACGCCUGUUCUCUGGCGUGCUACUCGCGGCGCAUGCUGGCACUGGGGGUGCCCAGAUGCCACGCCGGCCCUAUCGCUGUAGCCACCUGCGCGCCGGAGCGUGCCCGAUCUGAGCGUGACCAAGUCGGAGUGCGAGCGAAUCUGGGUAUGCAUGAGUUUGAGCGCGGGCGAGUCUGAGUGCGAGUGGGUCUGAGUGUCAUCUCAGGAUAUGGGGAACUGAGAUCGUCGGAUUUCUGGAAUGUUGGCGCCCGCUUGUGGGGGCGCCACUUCCGAUAAGGCAGGUCCCAGGUUCGUGCCGCCUUCCGAAAUUUUCAGUGCAGUGUGCGUGCGAGGGCGAGCCCAAUGAUGCUCGCCCUGGCACAGUCUCAAACAUCGCAGGGCCUCGAGCGCACCGCCCGCACGCGCUCGGCCCGAGCAUGCUCGGAUGGGGACGGGGAAAGUACCAGCCUCACUUGUGGGAUGUGG